AGUACACGUAAUCCCAUAAAAAAGUGUGAAUUUUAUUAAAAAAUUAGAACUUUUUUACUAAUUUAAUUAAAAAUUUUACUAAAAAAUUAAAUUAUUAUAAAGUUUUCAUUCAAAAAAGUGUUAAAAAUUGUUAUUAAGAACAUUUUAAUGAAACUUUAAAGGAAUAAAAUCAACAAAAAAGAAACAGAAAUGGGUGAAACAUUAUCUCCAUCAAAAGAGUCAAAAACAGACAAAAAACUCGAAAAACCUGAAAAAUCCGAAGCUUCAGACACAAAAAAUGAAGAAACUCUCAAACUGGGAUGUCACACAGAGAACAAAUCUCUCAUCAUGACUUACCUUUUGUGGUUUUUCGGCGGAUUCUUUGGCUUGCAUCAUCUUUAUCUGCAUCGUGACUUCCAUGCAUUCGCUCAUUGGUGCACUUUUGGCGGCUAUUUCGGUGUCGGAUGGGUCGUCGACAUGUUCAAGAUACCCGAAUUUGUGCGCGAUGCCAACGAAGAUCCCGUUUUUAUCGCAAAAUUCUUGGAAAAACUGAAAGCGAAUCGAAAACCGCCUUUUUCGACAUAUCGCUUCAUGGGAGCAAUUUGCCUUUCGUACCUUUGGGGACAAGUUGCGAUGAUUGCCAUUCCCGAAAGUGUCGUUUUUGGGAUUGAUUUUAGUUUUUUGCAUUGGAUUAUUCCGUUCGCGAUCGCUUUGGGAGUUUGGGUUGUCGGAAAUAUCGGGAGAGAAACGGGAUGUUUGUGGCAUUCGGUUGUCGCAGCGUAUCUCAGUUAUUUGUCGCGAUAUUUCAUCUUUGACGAUACUUAUUGGAUGACCUUGACAGUUGUGGUUACCGCAUGUGUCUUUGAUGGCUUUUCCAAACAGUGGUUGUUGCAUCGACCAAAAAGGAGGAAAAUCGUUAAACGGGCUGUUGUGAUCUCAGCGGCGGUUUUUCUUUAUAUGGCGCUUUGGACUUCGUAUUUCUACUUUAAUGGAACAAUUACGGACAGUGAUGGCGAUGAAGUGCCUGUGCAUGAAGCCAUUCAUAAUUUCCUGAAAUCGCCAUGGUGGACAGAUUUGAAGCAAACGUUGCACGAUACAUGGACCUUUGCGCAGCAUAAUGGAUGGGGAGAGAUUUGGAAGCAAAUUAUUGACUCGAUGGAUGCGGAUGGCGAACAAAAUGCUUAUAAGGUUCUCGGAGUAAGUGCAACAGCAUCCCAAACUGAAAUAAAAACAACUUGGAGAAAAUUAUCGUUAGAAAAUCAUCCGGAUAAAAUUAAAGAUCCAAGUCAACGUGACGCCGCUCAAAAAAGAUUCAUGGAAAUCCAACAAGCUUAUGAAAUUUUGAGUAAAAUCAAGUCCAAGAGACGAUCAAGAAAUAAGAAGUCAUCAGAUGAAUUGUAAAU